GCCUAUUUAUGGUUUGUGGGUGCCAACAGGGGGUUCCUUUAACAGGGAAACACAGUAAACUUGUGAGAGACAGAGACCACACCAAGGGACCAGCUCCAUGUCUAUGUCCCAGAUUACCCCGACCCUUUUCCUGAGUGGAGCUGAUGCUCCUCUUAACCAAGCCCUCAUGACCCGCAAGGGCAUCACCCUCAUCGUCAAUGCCACCUUGUCCCACAGCUGCCCCAGAUACCCAGGCGUAGAGUGCCUGCGUGUCGCAGUGGCCGAUGUGCCCGGUGCCCACCUCGGAGAGCACUUCGACCGGGUGGCCGCUCGCAUCCAUGGCAACCGGGCGGGUGGGACCCUGGUGCACUGUGCAGCAGGCAUGAGCCGCUCGCCUGCUCUUAUCAUGGCCUACCUCAUGAAGUACAGAGGUGCCACCCUCCAGCAGGCGCACAGCUGGGUGCAGCGGAGCCGUCCCUGCAUCCGCCUUAACGCAGGCUUCUGGGAGCAGCUCCUGGACUAUGAGAAGAAGCUCUAUGGAAGAAAUACUGUGAAGGUGGCUGUGCCGGUGGAGCCACCACCUCCGCCGAUAACACCCAGACUGGCUCACAGAUACAGUCUGAGAGAAUGCCCUUCGUCUCCAAGGAUGAGCCGGUUUAGACGAUAUAUUUCUUUUGUGCCUUAAAGUACAGUACCAAGCAAAUUAGUGGAUGGCAGUCUCUCCCUCCCUGGAGCAGGAUGGAAAUGAGCUAUAUUUGUAGCCGUUGCAGAGGUGGUAGGAUUCACUUGUGCACAUUCACCAGUUCUGAAGAAGGACUGAGAGAGGGUACUGAUUCCUAAUGCUGAUGUUGUUCCUCAGCUCUGUUGACAGGUGGGACUCUUCAGCUCAGCAGAUGUCAGCAGAGCAACUUGAUAAGUUAGUUUUCCAUCAGUGUUUGCUCUGACCUUGAGAAUAUUGUGUAAAUUGGCUUAUGUGUUUUUCAUGAUUUGUUUUGAAAUAUUGGUUGGUUGUACCUGGCUGAAGUUCCAGGGUAUAAUAAAUGGCGAAAUUAUGCAA